AUGGUGGCUUCCGCAAGUACAAGCAACAGUACAAAAAGCCCUACCUCCACCUGCUCACCUGCUCCGGGAGGAUCGAGUCCGCUACUAUUGGUUUGUGUCCUGCGUGCGGGGUUCUUUGUUCAUGCAGAUGUCUAUCGAAUGUUAAAGUUCGAAUGUCUCGAUAGUGUGCGGACAGCGGCAAGUACAGAUCGAGACUCCACAGACCUGAAAAACGAUUUUGACAUUACGGCUGACUGGGUCCGUGUUAGUACGUACAACAAACAAAGUAUCAAAGCUGGAAUUGAGGGUUCUCAGAGCAGUUUCUUGAUGGAUCUCUCUGCUGAAAAUUCGAAUCUUCAGGAUCGCGAUGUGGUUUUGCUUGAUGACAGCAUCGGCCGUGGCCGCAGCAUGCGCUUGCUCACUGACCUCUUCAAACCCCGAGGCGUCAAAACCUGCUUUUGUGCGGCUCUCCUGACACCUGUCAUGGAUGACCAGGCACGUCAACAGAGCCUGUCUUCAUCUUCUCGACCUAUGAUGUUGCUCGGCUCUCCGCCUGCUCCACCCUUGUUUGCGCGACAGUUGCCACGUUCCCUUGGGCCCGAUCCUUUUUCCCGCAUUGGGGGCUACGGCAACGAUGCGGUAACAAAGUACCGCAGUCUUCCAUUCAUCGGGCUUCUCCAGGAACAGAGACGCGAUGCAAUUUGGUCCGAAGACACCAUCUCAGGUGGAAUAGACUACCGACUUUUUGCGCAUCCAGCUUCGGCUGAGUUUAUUGCUCUCCGCGGCAAGUGCAGUAUAGCUCGCGGCCAGCUGCACUCAUGAAACUGUAAAAUGUCCUUUUGAUCGUGUCUGGCAAGAAAGACGCAAGAAUCUUUAGAAAUUGUAGGUUGUGCUUUUAUUCACUAGAACAUGAAUACCAGUAGAUCCGUACUAGAAGUCAUACAUUUUUUCACAUAAGUAAUAUUUGAUUUUGAGACACACAAGAGCAAAUCCGAGCAUGACCUCUUCAGGUUGUUGCCUGACUGUUAUAAUUGAUCGUCCAUGUUCUUCAUUCCUUUUCCCGGUGAUUUUCAUCCCUCUUCUUCUACUCACGAUACGCCACGUUGAAAGAGUCACGUUUUUUUCCAUUUGACGUCUUGGUUCCAUGGAGAGGGUCGAAGUCUUAUGAGAAGAACGCUAUCUUCCUCUUCGUCUUCCUCUUCCAUGGAUUUGGUCCUCUGACAAUUUAUCAGCCACAAACAUAAUCGUGGCGGAUGGCAUUUGAUACAUCACAUGAAAA